AUGGCGAAGCGCAAAGAGAUCGACAACAACCGGGGGGGAGAGCUUAAGCCCGAGGAGAGUAGCUCUGAAGAGAGCAGUAGUGACGAUGAUACAAACAUGCUCGACGUGGAAUUCGAAUGGUUUGAUCCUCAGCCGGAGCACGAUUUCCAUGGUCUCAAGACAUUGCUGCGCCAACUCUUCGACGUGGAUGCGCAGUCCUUCGAUCUCAGCGCCCUGGCCGACUUGAUUUUGGCGCAACCUCUGCUGGGAUCUACUGUUAAAGUAGAUGGGAAUGAGACAGACCCAUAUGCCUUUCUCACGGUCCUCAAUCUCCAUGAGCACAAGGACACGCCAGUCAUCGAGAAAAUGAUUACCUACAUCAGAGCUCAAGCCAAGCGCACUGGAGCCCUUUCAGAACUGGAUGACCUCGUGGAGAAUGCUGCCAAUGCCCGUAUCGGACUCGUGCUGACAGAAAGACUUGUCAAUAUACCAUCUGAAGUAGUACCACCAAUGUACAAGAUGCUAUUGGAAGAAAUAUCAUGGGCAAUUGAGGAGAAGGAGCCAUACGAUUUCACCCACUAUCUCAUCUUGUCGAAAACCUAUAGGGAAAUUGCUUCGGCGCUAGAUGAAGAGGACACGCCGAAAUCAAAGAAGCAGAAGAAGGCUAGCAAGAAGGGGGCUUCGGAGGUUUUCUACUUCCAUCCUGAGGACGAGGUUCUUCAAAGACAUGCUUUGUGUUCUGGUAGCUACGAAUACUUGGUGGAGGGCGCCAAGUCAGAUUCCAAGAGGACGUUUCAGGAGCUUGGAAUCAAGCCAGAAGGACACAUGAUCCUAAUAGUAGCCAACAAGUUUGAAGCAGCUGUGAAGGGGCUUCAAGAAUACUUUUCUCAGAGCUAG